AUGGCCUUUGGAGACCUCCUGGAGAAGGUAGGCAGUGCAGGUCCCUUCCAGCUCCUCUGUGUUCUGCUGCUCACCGCGCCUGCCCUUCUCAUUGCCAGCCACAAUCUGGUGCAGAACUUCAGUGCCGCCUCCCCUGAGCACCAGUGCCGCCCUCCGCCACCGGGCACCAAUGCCAGCUGGGUGGACAACACCACUGCAACUCGUGGGGGGCUCUCCCUGGUCCCGAGUCCAGAACGGUGCUGUCGCUUGGUGGGCACCCAUGGGCAGCAUCCAAGAUCCAACAGUUCGCUGGGCAGGGCAGGCGAGACAGAGCCCUGCCGGGACGGAUGGUACUACGACCGCAGCACCUUCUCCUCCACCAUCGUCACUGAGUGGGAUCUGGUGUGUGAUCUGGGCCCCCUCCCGGCGCUGGCGCAGACGCUGUUCAUGGCAGGGGUGCUGCUUGGAGCCCUCCUUUUUGGAGUCUUCUCGGACAGGUUUGGGCGACGGGUCAUCCUGCUGUGUUCUCUGCUGUUGAUGGCUGUCAUGGGAACCGGGGCUGCCUUGUCCUCAGACUUCCUCACCUACUGCGCCUUCCGCCUGCUGAGUGGGGUUGGUCUGUCUGGCUUCCUCCUCAACUACAUCUGCCUCAGUCUGGAAUGGGUCCCCACCAAGUCCCGUGUUCUGGUGGUGACAUGGCUGAGUUACUGCAGCACGGCAGGCCAGGUGGUGCUGGCUGGCCUGGCCUACGGCAUCCGGGACUGGCGCUGGCUGCAGCUGGCCAUUUCCACCCCCUUCUUCAUCUUCUUCCUCUGCGCCUGGUGGAUCCCAGAGUCCGCACGCUGGCUCAUCGUCAACCACAGGCCUGUGAUGGCGCUGAGCAACCUGCAACGGGUGGCCCGGAUCAACCGGAAGCAGCUGGGUGGGGACAGCAUCUCCCUGGAGAUGUUGGAGAAGGUGGGGGGCAGCCCCACUGGGAAAAGCACCUGCUCCUGCCUGGGCCUCUUCCGCACGCCGGCCAUGAGACGCAUCUCCUGCUGCCUCAUGAGUGUCAGCUUCUCCACCAACCUGGCCUACUUCGGGCUCUCCAUGGACCUGUCAGCCUUUGGCCUGGACAUCUUCCUGGUGCAGACGUUCUUCGGGGCCAUUGACAUCCUGGCCAAGAUGGCCUGUGCCCUGGCCCUGAGCUACUUUGGACGCCGAGCCAUCCAGGCCAGCUCCCUCAUCCUGGCCGGCAUCUUUCUCCUGGGGAACAUCCCUGUGCCCAGAGAGAUGCUGAUGGUGCGACUGGCUCUGGUAGUGCUGGGGAAAGGAUGCCUGGCUGCCUCCUCUGUCUGCUCCUUCCUGUAUGGGGGAGAGCUCUUCCCAACUGCUGUCAGGCAGACAGGCACUGGCUUCACCACCGUGAUGGCUCGUCUGGGCGGCAUGGUGGCCCCGGUGGUGCUGAUGGCCGGGCAGCAAUUUCCCUUCCUGCCGCUGGUGAUAUUCGGGGUGGCUCCCAUCGUGUCCGGCAUCGCCGCCUGCUUCCUGCCAGAGAUGCACAACGUCCCCCUGCUGGACACCAUAGAAGAGGUGGAGGACAGAGCCAGGAGGAAAGGCGAGGAGGCGAUCGCCGGGGAGACCAUGGCUCACAUUGUCCACUCAACCAGGAUCUGA